GUGAAGUGCGUGUAAAAGCAGCAGUUACGUGAGCUGCUUUGAUAACGGCGUGGAUUGAAAAGUGCGUGAGGUUAGAUACAAUACAUCAGUGGUGCGUUAAAGAGAGAUUGAUAUACGGCCACAGUGGGGGCAAAGCGGGUCCACGAUGCCCCCUAUAAUUGGGGAAACCCUGCGUGUCUGGUUAUUAUCCGCAUUGAUGGUUCACGGUGCAGUAGCAGGUAAUCCAGAUGCAAAACGUCUUUAUGAUGACUUAUUGUCUAACUACAACAAACUAGUACGUCCAGUGGUCAACACGUCGGAUGUCUUACGAGUGUGCAUUAAGCUUAAACUUUCACAGCUCAUCGAUGUGAACCUGAAAAAUCAAAUUAUGACGACCAACCUCUGGGUAGAACAGUCAUGGUACGACUACAAACUGCGAUGGGAGCCGAAGGAAUAUGGGGGUGUACACAUGUUACAUGUACCAUCCGAUCACAUUUGGCGACCUGACAUAGUUCUCUACAACAACGCGGACGGAAACUUCGAGGUGACCUUGGCCACCAAGGCCACUAUCUACCACCAGGGAUUGGUUGAGUGGAAGCCACCAGCAAUAUAUAAAUCAUCCUGUGAAAUCGACGUGGAGUACUUUCCAUUCGACGAGCAAACCUGCGUUCUCAAAUUUGGUUCGUGGACCUAUGAUGGCUUUAAGGUUGACUUGAGGCAUAUGGAUGAACAAACAGGUAGCAAUAUCGUUAACGUUGGCGUAGAUUUAUCCGAAUUCUAUAUGUCAGUUGAAUGGGAUAUCUUGGAAGUGCCUGCUGUAAGAAACGAGAAGUUCUACACAUGUUGUGAUGAGCCAUAUCUCGAUAUCACUUUCAAUAUCACGCUACGACGUAAAACGCUUUUUUAUACGGUCAACAUUAUAAUACCAUGCAUGGGAAUAUCAUUUUUAACUGUUCUUACAUUUUAUCUACCUAGCGACAGUGGAGAAAAGGUGACGCUUUCAAUUUCAAUUCUCAUCAGUCUUCACGUCUUCUUUUUACUAGUCGUCGAAAUCAUACCUCCAACUUCACUUGUUGUACCACUACUUGGAAAGUACCUGAUCUUUGCAAUGAUACUUGUUUCCAUUAGUAUAUGCGUGACAGUGGUGGUCUUGAAUGUCCAUUUUCGCUCACCUCAGACACACAAAAUGGCACCAUGGGUAAAACGAGUAUUUAUCCACAUCUUACCAAGAUUACUAGUGAUGCGGAGGCCGCAGUAUAAGUUUGAGCCAAGUCGAUUUUCUUCUGGUCGAGUGUUUAUGAGAACUGUCAGAGGGAAGGAAAAACCGAAUUAUUAUCCUUACCAUCCUUCAAGUCAAGAAGAUAGUGAAGAACAUCUCACACCUAAACGGUUUUCAAGUCGUCCAGUUUCGAAAGAGGACCUGUCGCCGUCAAGCCUAACAGAUCAGGCAAGGUUUGGAGGAAGUUGUUUAAUCCACGGUCCAAUACCACCACUACCUUUAAAUACUGAGUGUGAAAAUUUAACUGGAGCAGCUGGAAUCGAAGAAGUGAAGAGUCCAGUUUUACGAAAUCUUUCAACUUUUUCUCAUUCAAGUUGUCCACCCGAGAUACACCGAUCGUGUCUCUGUGUUCGCUUUAUAGCUGAGCACACAAAGAUGCUUGAAGACUCUACCAAGGUAAAAGAAGACUGGAAAUAUGUGGCAAUGGUAUUGGAUCGAUUGUUUCUGUGGAUUUUCACUCUAGCUGUACUAGUAGGAACAGCUGGAAUUAUUCUACAAGCACCAACCCUUUAUGAUGAUCGAGUUCCCAUUGAUAAAAAAUUCAACGAAUAUGCCAAAGACACAGUCGUUAGAUGUCCUCCUCAAUAGUCUCCAUUUAGAUUAUUUGUUGCAGAAGUAUAAGUAACUAUUAUCGUAUUUCAUACACAUACAUCCAACUCUUAUGAUGUUGUCAACAUAAAAUAAAGAUCUGGCAAUAUUUUAACUUUUAAUUCACCAUUAGGUUUUGAAUUAAUACGACUAAUAGGCUUCAUCCAAUCCUGUGAGAAAGAGUAGAUGACAUAAGAUGAAUUGUAGAGAAUAUAGUUAAAAAAAAAUUUUAAAAAGUGAAAAAUGACAUUAUCUAGCCUGUGCUCAAGUAACUUAUGACAAAGCUGCCACUACUCAUUCAAUAAUGAAAUAGUUAACAAUAAUAAUUAAAGUAAUGAUAAUGAUAAUAAUAAUAAAAAAAUUAAACAAUAAUAAUAAACUAAAAGAUAAAACUCUUGAAUUAAUUCGAAUGAAAUUGUAAAAUAUAUUGGAUAGACAUUAUAAAAAUUUUUAAUUAUAAGUCAUGUUUGAAAUUUGACAACCUGAAGUUUUUCAAUAACUUUUCAAAUUUCUCGAUCAAUAAUAAUUAAUAUUACGUUAAUGUUUUAAUGAAAUUGUGAAUUUAUAAAAAGAUGAACGAUAUAAAUAAAAUCACGUUUCCAUAUUAGAUUUGUUUGCACGUAGCCAAUUCAUAUUGCUUGUGUCGGCGUAAUCAUAAUAUUCAUGAGGAAAGAAUUCGGAAGUUCAUCUUUCAUUAUAUAAGCAUUGAAAAAGUAUUUUUUAAUUUUCGAUAACUAUGUGCAAAGAUAAUUCUUCUAUUUAUUUUAUGACAAAAAAAAAGGAAAAUAAUAGUAUAAUUUCAAUUAAUUAUAUAUAUAAACAAUCCCCACCAUUGUAAAUACUUCUCUAGUGAUUUUAACAAAAGCUAUCAUUAACCAGAAAAUUCGCCUCAAAUGUAUUUUAUAAAAAAACAAAAGCAUAAUUAUCACUAUCAAUAUGCCCAUAAACGAAAAUCAUAUGGAAAAUAACGACACAGCUGCAAUGCCGCAAUUAAUUUUUAAGCAUCUAGUAUAAUAAGAAGAAGUAAAGCAUACGAAUUCUAAAGCUGAUAGUUGUAGAGAGCUGUGAACAACAAAAAUUGUUGUUCAAUGCUAAAGUAGUUCGUAGUCGAUAUCAAUAUGAAUCGUCUACGCUAAUUAUUUUUUUAGAUAGAAGAAUACCUCGCAAAUUGUAUUAUAAAUUAUAAUUUAUAAUUAUCAUAUUAAUAGUAUCGUUAACCUCGACUAGACUCUGAAGAUAAUAUAAAUCAUUAUAGAGCUCUUUAACUCUAUAAUGAAUUGAAGUAGUCUUCUUUACAGUCUAGAAGUGAAGAUAUAAGAAAUUAUGUACAAUAGUCUGUUAUCUUGUUCUGUAGCUGUGUAAAUAUUCACAAAUCAUGGUAGAAUCAAUAACUAGCUUAGAAUAAUUUAUAUCGAUUACUGCCAAUAAAAUUUAUUACAGUUUAUAUAUAAUCACCAUAUAAUAGUUAAUGAACCUUCAAACUGUUCAUUUAUUAAAUUUUGUGAGCAUUCCAAAAUUAUAUCAUAGUGAUUUACUCAGUAAAAUUAUUUUGACUUCAUAAAGUCCAACAUUGCCUAAAUUAUAUAAACGAAAUUUUCUUGAAUACUAAAAAAAAUGCCAACGUAAUUUCUUCCAAUGUUUACAAUCCCAUUGAAAUUAUUUAUAAUAUUGUUUGCGUUUAUUCUUAAACUAAAAAAAUUUGGCAAAAAAGCGCACACAUUUUAUAUUUUAGCGACUUUGUGCACUUUGAAAUAAUUAGAAACAAGUGUAUUCUAUAAUCUAAUGAAUAGUUAAAGUUGUUAGAAUUUACUAAUAAGUUUGUGUAAAUAUGUUGUAAAUAUUACAAAAAAAAUGGUAAAAUUGUUGAUGAACUUAAUCUAUAAUGAUAACAUAUUUGUACGAGACUUUUAGCACUUAAAUUCAAUAAUAAUAAAACGUAUAAUUGAAUUGUUAUGAUUUUUAAAUCUCAUAUAUUGACAUAAAAGUCUCGUUCAUUUGUGACCUAUCUCCUUAUACGUUACUAUUGAUAAAAUAUCUCAUCGUCCAGAAAAGAAGUUUUAAUAUGAAUACAAUUUUAAAAAAACAGCGGAAUUAAGAAAUUCUUCAUCAUGAAAAUCAGUGAUCUCAUAAUAUACGAAAUUAAGUUAAAUAUUAAGCAAUCUAUGAGAUAAUGUUUUUAUUAACAAUGCUUCUUUGUUUGAUAAAUAUAUAUCAAAAAAUAGUUGCAUUCUAUUGUGUCAAAUGAAAAAUUAUAAAGUAUACUUAUAAAAAUAUUUCUUUAUUUUUAUUGAAUUAUUAAUUAAUUAAUUAUUAAUUAAUUAAUUAUCAGUAAACACCAUGUGUUCAUUUGUAUUUUACAUGUAUCUGUUGGGCCAUUGUGCAUUAAUUACUGACAAUGAUGAACAGUUCAAAGACGAAUAAUUAACACACAAAAAGCACAUGGAAAUUCAAUUAAAUAAUAGUUAUAUUGUAAUAGUAUUCAUAAUAGUGUUUAUAAAAGUAUUGCAUCUGUACCAAUAAAAGAAGCGCAUUAUUAAA